AGGGUUUUCACUGUGAGCAUGAACCUAUAUAUUCCACUCACUAACCUCAAGCUAGGGUUUACCGCCUCAGUCCAACCGAAGCCGCACGCACUUACGUUGUGCUUCUGCAUCUCAGCUUCGCGACAAUGGCGACCCAAAUGAGCAAGAAGAGAAAGUUCGUUGCCGAUGGAGUCUUCUUCGCCGAACUCAACGAGGUUCUGACGCGAGAGCUGGCGGAGGAUGGUUACUCCGGCGUCGAGGUUAGGGUUACGCCGAUGCGCACCGAAAUCAUCAUCAGAGCCACUCGAACCCAAGCCGUUCUCGGGGAGAAGGGAAGGAGAAUUAGGGAACUUACCUCCGUGGUUCAGAAGAGGUUCAAGUUUCCCGAGAACAGCGUUGAACUCUAUGCCGAAAAAGUCAACAAUAGGGGUCUUUGCGCUAUUGCACAGGCUGAGUCUCUCCGCUACAAGCUCCUUGGUGGCCUCGCUGUGCGCAGGGCCUGCUAUGGUGUAUUGAGGUUUGUUAUGGAGAGUGGUGCCAAGGGCUGUGAGGUGAUUGUGAGUGGGAAGUUGAGAGCCCAGAGAGCCAAAUCCAUGAAGUUUAAGGAUGGGUACAUGAUUUCUUCUGGGCAACCUGUCAAGGAUUAUAUUGACUCUGCUGUGAGACACGUGCUCCUCAGACAGGGUGUUCUUGGCAUCAAGGUGAAGAUUAUGCUUGAUUGGGAUCCUAAGGGGAAACAGGGUCCAAAAACUCCCCUCCCCGAUCUUGUCACAAUCCAUACUCCAAAGGAGGAGGAGGAAUACAUCCGGCCUGCUGCAGUGUUGGCUAAUGAUAUUGAGGUUCCUGUCGCUUGAGAAGUUCUAAUUGCUAUGGAGCAGUAAUUCAUAGUAGCUGAGUGCCUAAUUUUUCUUGUAUGCAAUGUUUCCAGUCAAAGACACGUUCAAAAUUUUGUAGUUUCUUAAAUUUUGAAGAAAUUGUUAUACUCGGUUACAGGAAUUUAAGUCAUUUGAUUUAUCUUUUUAUA